AAACCCUCAUACGUGUUCCUUUUAUAUUGGUUAAUUUUUUUUAUUUCCAUUUCUCUCUCUCUUCGUCGACUUUUUCUCUUUCUCGACUUUUCUCUCUUUCUGGACUCUUUCUCUCGAGUGCAACGAUGGAGGAGUAGGCAGCCGACCAGAAUCCUCCUGAACCGUGAAGGGAUUUCGUGACCAAGGAGCCAUUGGGCGGAUGUGUGAGGACGGCUGAUGCAGUGGCACGGUGCUUGGGAGCUAUGGAGCCGGAUGGCGAGAUUGGUGAUUUCGGUUUUGGUGUUUUCAAAUUUAUAAUCGUUCACCUAUUGAAGCAGCUCUUGUUAAUUGCUAGUUUCAUCGAUUAUAAUUUCGUUGAUGAUUCUUCAGCCACACAGAACAACGGGCACGAUGCUCCUUCUACAUCUUCUGAAUCAUCGUGUUCCAUUAGAAUUUCCCUGAUUCUGAUCCUAGAUGGAAAUGAGCUGCUUCAUGUGUCUACAUCAAAGAAGCUAGCUCUGGAAAGUUAGUACUGGGUUUCAAGCUCGCGUCUAGCUGAAUAAGAAAAUGGAAUUGAAUCGUCCUCACUUCAAGCUAAUUUUGGGAUCUUCUUCGAUUGCUCGACGUAAGAUAUUAACAGACAUGGGAUACCAAUUCGCUGUAAUGAGUGCUGAUAUUGAUGAGAAAAGCAUCCGCAAUGAGAAACCUGAAGAGUUAGUAUUGGCUUUAGCUAAGGCAAAGGCCGUUGUGUCGAAACUGCAAACUAAUGAAUGUGAAGAUGAGGGAGAACACAGAGUCUUGAUUGCAGCAGAUACAGUAUGUAGAUUUUAUUUUGGUUUACUUAAUUAGUAGACAGUUUCUAUCCACGAUCACCAAGUUCCAUUUUAUGUUUCUGAGGAUGUCACACUCUUAAUAGCUGUAUUUAGUCGUAUGGAUUUGAUCUCUUUAGUGUCCUCUGUCUCUUACUCUGUGUGAUAUUCUAGAGUUUGAAUUCAUUUUCUUGGGUUUUCCAUGUUUAUCAUUUUCAUAGUGAAUAUGCAGUUUGAAUAUUUUUAUGAAUCUCACUUGAGAUUCUAC